AAACACACCCCGCAUUCAGAAAAAGCAAAGAGGAACCAUCCGACCAGAGCAGCAUCCACCGGUAGCUGCCUCACUGUCCAUUGCAGCUCAGCACGUCUCCAGAACCGAAGCCGCACAAACUAAAGAGGUGGAAAAAUGGCCAAAAGUGAGAUGCAAAGAGGAAGUUUGAAGAGUGAGGAGUUCUUUUUUGAUUCCGAGGCGUCUCUCUUGGAUCAGCAAGAUUUCGACAUGUCGAGUUGCCCUUUCAAUGACGUCUUCAACUCCAAAGACUCCCACAUGGAGCAGAUCAACACUUUUCUGAAAAACGUACAAGUUUUGCUGGAAGCUGCUCGGUUUCUCGAGAGCGCCGAGAGGAAGGACGGAAAGUGUGAACACGGAUAUGCUUCGACGUUUCCAUCAAGUCCGAAUACAGACUACCAGAGGCAAAGAAAAUUCCGAAAUAAGAAGUUUAGCAGUAACCACAAUAGGUCCACACAUAAUGAGCUGGAGAAGAAUAGACGAGCUCACCUGCGGCUGUGUCUGGAGAGGUUGAAGUCCCUCAUACCUCUGGGACCCGACUGCAACCGCCACACCACCCUGGGCCUGCUCAACAAAGCCAAAUCACACAUAAAGAAACUUGAAGAGGCAGACAGGAAGAGCCUGUACCAGCUGGAGUCUCUGGAGCGGGAGCAGAGGCACCUCCACCGCCAGCUGGAGCUGCUGAGGGGAGGCAGCGGCGCUGCGGCCCAGAGCAGCCCAGGGGAGGGAGAGAGGAUACGCGUGGACAGUGUGGACUCCACCCUCUGCUCCGACCGCUCCGACUCUGACCAAGAGGAGAUCGAGGUGGACGUGGAAAGCACGGAGUUCUCCCAUGGAGAGCUGGACAGUGUGAGCACAGCCAGCACCAGCGACCUGGACGACCACAGCAGCCUGCAGAGCAUGGGCAGCGACGAGGGCUACUCCUCCUGCAGUGUCAAACUUGCCUUCUCCUCCUAAAGCCCCGCACCACUACCGCCACCACCACCUCCCUGCCAAACUUCGCCUGCCCCUCCUCUCCGCCAUGCCUACGCACACACACACACACACACACAGUCACCUCUGACGAUAACGGCUCCCUGCAGCUCCUCGCCUUGAGUUCCCCUCCUCCUGCGCUGCUGAACCCACUGUUAGAUGAGCUCCACCGAGAGCUUCCCUUCACUACCCGACCAACACCGACAGCAGGGACCCAAACGGUGACUGCCGAUUGAUCUUUUUCAUCUUCUUUUAAAGGGAGAUCAGAGACUCGGUGGAUAUGGGGGGGGGAAAAAACAACAACAAAAAAACACAUCAUCUUGAUUUUAAAACCCCACGCAAUUGAAAUGAUACAUUUUCCCUUCACAAAUGCACUUAAAUUAAUAUGAUAUUGAAAUUUCGGUUCUCUUUCCUGUGGUGUGUGUGUGUGUGUGUGUGUGUGUGUAUGAGUGUGAGGAGCUCAUUCUGUGUCACCCUUUUCAACUCUCUGGUGUUGGGUCUGGAUGAACGAGAGCACAUCUAAUCUGGACUAUAAUCAACACAGCUUGGCCCUGAUAGACGUCCCCGAGCCCUGGAUUUAACCCCCGUCUUAUUGUUUUUUCAUUAGCUCUGCUCGACGCUCAUAAUGGUGCUAUUGUGAAACAGACCACGGGGGAGGCAGAUCCACCACCACUAAGCUUCUAAAGCAACACAAAGUGUGUCUGCACCGAUUGUUUCCAACCGAGCAUGGAGGAAAACGACCAAAACAAAAUGAGAACAACAACAACAACAACAUUCCUGUCGAAUGUGGGCGCUCAGUACAUUUUCAAUGAGUAGAAAUUGUAACUUGUGUGUUUUGGUUUUGGUUUCUCUCCCUUCGACAAGCAGCUCCGACAAGCUGUCCUGCACUUUCGAGCUGUCCAUAGAAAUGGCACAAACCAAGAAAAAUAACAGCAGCAACAAUGAAAACGUCCAAACAACAACAAACUUUGGAAUAGAUGUCCAUCCUCUUUCCAGCAGUAACAAGCAAUAACACUUGAAGUCAUUUUUGUCUCUUUAGUUUGAACAUAAUUCCAUUUGUUGUGACCGUCCAAAAAGCAGAUUUCUUUUUUGUUUUGUACAUACAAAUAGUUUAAUGAAUUAAACCUUAUAAAGGAGUAAAAAAAAAAAAAAACAAGUUAGAGCUCAUGGAUAGAACUAUUGCCUCUGUUGGUGUUUGACCUGUGUUUAUUGUGCAUUCAAAAUUCUAUUUUUGAAAAGAUUUUAAUCCUCUUCAGAGUGGCAGUAGAUGGGGAAUGGACACUAUUAGUUUGUUCAGUUUGCAGGUGGAAACUUUUAGAAGUUACUAAUCCUGUUGCUGCCCUGAGAAGGAAAAGAAAAGUUACUCUUUAAGGUGAUUUUUAAAAAAAAUACCCUGAUACAGCAACUUCCCAUCCAGUUGCGGAAAAAUCAACCCAGUUUGACUUCUGAUGGGGAAUGCCGAGUUUGUGUGGCACUCUUUUUUAUUUAUUUGACUUUUUUCUCUCUUGUUUAUAAUAUCCAUGAACUGGGGGGGGGGGGGGGGGGGCUGUGUAUGGCAUUCCACUGUUGGUCAGGUGAUCUGUGGAGGAACGUGUGGGGAGAAGAAAACGGGUUGCAUGAUGUCAAUGUUCACCAUCCCAACUCCACUGGCAUUAAGAAUGGCACUUCAGCCACAGCUCUCUGUAUUGUUUGUUUUCCACUGUCUUUCCCUCUCAUGGAUCUCAUAAGAAUCCUUUUGUAUGUGAAAGAAGAAAAGAAAAAAAAAUCACCUCCCCUUUUUAAAUAUUUAUUUCUCAAUCCCUCAAAGAACACAAGCAAUGGGGAAAAAUAAGUUAACUUAUUUUGGUUCUGUCUUAUUUUACUCCUUUUUGAUGCGUAUAUAUAUAUAUUCCUCAUUCCUUAUUUUAAGAAUUGUAUAUUUUAUGGCUUUUUGUCAAUUGUUUUGGGCGGGGCGGGGCGGGUGGGAUAAGAAAUGUAGCCAUUUAGUUUUCUUGUUUUUCUGAUGUUUUAUUCAAUGGACACUUGAAAUGUAAUUGGCCCCUAAGCUGCUCCUAGUGCUGAGCCUCGCCUGUUGAGUGUCGCCAGCCUUGUCCGGAGCUGACUACACCCGACUACACCUGGCCAUGCCUGUUACCAGAAAUGCAGACCUAAAGCAACCGGAUCAACAAAAUGGCUUCCAUACCCAGCCUUCUGAUAAGAAGGGGGAGCAUUCGCCAUCUUGUUGGUAUUUUAUCCUGCUAGGUUGUGUUUGGGUCUGUCCUGGAAGGGGGUCAUCUCUGCACAAGACGUAUUGAUGGCCAAGACUUUACUGGCAAAUACUGAGCCAGCUACUACACAAUUAAAGGGGUCUAAAACUCCACUUUCCUCUGUGCGGGGGAUUGUAGUCUCUAUUAGACUUGUGUUUUAGUUGACAAAACGUGUCUUACAUAUACAAUUCAAUGUCUCCGACUGAGGAUUUAAAGAUAAAAAUAAACAACAAAAAAAAGAACAAAUCCUUUGGUUUCUCUAAAGGACAUCUUUAAGGUGUAGAGUUUGACAUGUAAGCUCCUUGCGAAGCUAUGUUGAGGUUGUUGACUUGGCACUGAAUCAUAAAGUCACCGCUUCUGGUGCUUAUUUAAAAAAAAGAUAGCCAAAACCACCUCAGAACACCUCAGUGUCCUCUCUCUCUUUCUCUCUCUCUCUCUCUCUCUCUCUCUCUCUCUCUCUUGAUCACUCUCUCUCUCUGUAUCUCUCUCUCUCUCUCUGUGAGGGACAGUUUACAUGUAUUCUUGCCCUGUUUAAGUUAUUAACCUUCAACUCUUUGUUUUUUGUUUUCGUCUUCAUAUGUUGGUUUUAUGAACCCUCCCCUACUGACAGGAAAACAAAAGGUCCCGUGUUUGACGACACAUUAAUUCCACUCCUUUUGCGGACCAGAUGGCAUCCUCGUGGUGUUUUAACCUGCUCAGAGUACAAUAUAUUUUUACUGCAUUGGGACGAUAAUGAUGUGUGUUGGGUGUUGUUGUGUAUCACUGAAAUGUGUGAAAACUGUCUGGCACUCAUUGUGUUGUCUCAUGCGGCACACUAAUCUGAUCUUGUAUUCCCAGAUGGGAUGAAUCCAACAAUAAGAACUGAUUUUACUGAAGCCAGGUCUGUCCUCUCUCAUGUGAGUGUACAGUGUGUGAGUGUGUGAGUGUGUGAGUGUGUGAGUGUGUGCUCAAUGUUCUUACCAAGGCUGAGCUUUAGAGAGGCGCCUGGUCCAUGACUAGUCUGCACUGGUCUCAGUUGGGCUGAUUCCCACCUGCUACUCAGUAAACAUCUGACUGCUGGACAGUAGUUGUCAUGAAAAGACAAAUAUGUAUCCGGCGUCCGGUACAAUCACUGAGAGCGAAGGCUCCGUCACAAAAAUGUGCAGCUAUGAUUUUGCACUGAAAGCUAACUUGAGCUCAACUGUCAGUUGAGUGCCGAUUGGUCCUGGAUCAGCCCCUGUUAGCUGGGGUGUCUGACACUGCUGAAGAUUUGCAUAUUGCAAGAUAUAGCAUAUCUUCACAAAGCUGCGUCUUUGCCUCCGUGUUUUGGGUUGCAGUGUCUUUUGUAGGCCACACUUUAUUCUGGCCGACGGCGUUGAGCUAACGGGUCCACGAGGUCAAGCGAGUCGUCCUGUUGUCCUGAACCUGUGGCCAUCCUUUGUAAAACAUGCAGUCUGACGAUGACGACGAUGACGAUGAUGAUGAUGAUGAUGAUGAUAAUGAUGAUUCUAGCCGUGUAAGUUGAGAAUGCAAUACUUCAAAUAAAAACACCAAGAUUUUCAAACCU